AUGUCCGCGACAGCAACCUCCAAUGUGUCAAUAAUACGAAUUUUGGUGGUUGUCAUUGUUUUGUGGUUUUUGAAUUACCGUCACAAUUUCGAUGGGAACCUCCUGUCAAAUCUCCGACAAACCGCCAAGGAUACUGGGACGUUAUUAUCGCAAGAAGAAAAUCAAAUUGAAACGAUGGAUCCAAUCAAGGAAGCCAUAAAUGAUGGAAGUUGCCGAAGAAUAUGUCCAUAUCCUCGCAAGAAUCGAAUUUACGCGUUCAUGGGAACUGCUGGCUUGAGCGAUCGCUUAUCCGUCCUUCACAUGCUGGGGAAACUUGCCGGAUAUUUAUGUGCCAUUGUCGAAUUACCACCACCUGCAGAAUCACUCAUUGGUAUUCAUAAUGGCGGGAUACCACUCAGCAAACACCUUCGAUGGGACGACUUUUACAACAUGACCUUUUUGCAAGAUGGAUCACCAGUCUUUCAGGAGGCACGACAAAAUCCGAAUCGAUCCCAAUACCAUGAAAACUGGAGUGACAAGGGCUUUUAUGAUCCUUCCAAAUAUCCAAAGGGAUGGCGAUUAAUGAUAUCCAAUCGAUCCAGCAAUAUGCUCGAACAUUAUGAAAUAAUACAACAGUGGUCUUGGCAAUUUGAUGACGAUCCACAUCGAGGCUUUUUAUGGGAGAUCCAUCAAAGCAUGUACAGUGCCAAUAUCCGCAAGGCCAAACCAUUGCCCGCACUAGUAGUAACAGCAUCCAACAAUAAUACCAACAGUACCAACAACAGGACAUCUAACAGCACUCAAAACAACUUGACGACGAUGACAAACUCCCACCCAAAAUAUCGAGAUGUGAUGCGUCCCUCCUUGAGCUCACGGGCCUGCCAAUAUGUCGACGGUGCUAUUGAAAGAAUAGAACCAACACAAUUGCAUGACUUUCGAAAAGAGUUGCAACGUCGGGUGCGGGCACUAGCUCCCAAUGCGACCAAUGUCUUUGGGUUUUUGCACAUUCGACGAGGGGAUGCCAAGAAAUCUUGCAAUACCACGCUGGUCGAAAUGAAACGAUACCUCCAAUGUUCCUUGAAUGGGACGGAACAUACUGGCAAAUAUAUUACCUUAUUAAUGGCCAGUGAUGAACACGAUCAAAAUUACCGACAGUCUGUCUUGGACUUGGUCAAUCAAGAUUCCACUCCACAGUAUUCCCACGUAUUCAUGCUCGACGCCGAUCUCAUUGUGGAAGAUAUGAUGUAUGAUCUGGGAUCGACAAAAGUCAUGCCCAAACGACUCUUGAACAAUUAUUAUGAAUUUGAACUCCUAAAAGGGAUUGGAAUGCAAAAGUCCUUUGACUUUUCGGCCAUUUUCUUGAGCAAGCGACGGAGCGACUGUCCCUCUUGUACCAAUCUACUAUCUAGCUAUCCGGAUGUCUUUCAAUAA